AUGGAGUCCUCUAACAGUGCUGAGGCGGUGUGGAGCCGCAGAGUCCUGGGAUACAACCACAUGGUUCUGGACGGAAGAGAUGAAUUUCCCUGUGAACUGGAAUCUCCCGAAAGAAGACCGGAACCAGAGAGUCCACCACCCUGUCCUGAAUGGAGUGUUCCCAGUGUGACUCCAGGGGGCGCUCUGGAGGCUCUCAGGAAGUACGUGUCAGAGCGGAGCCUGGACCCCACAGCUGCGAGGGAGGCGACAGUCACACACAUAGAAGACAUCGUCUUAUACAGGUUUCGUUUGGAGACUUUUACAGAGAGACGCUUCACCUGCUGGAACACAGAGCCUUAUAAUGAAGAGGAGCAGGACCAGCCUGAGCCCCCACCCCCUGAUGCCCCUCCCCUCCCUCCCCCCUGGGACGUCCCAAUGGAAGACCCCCCUCCGUUUAUAGUCUCCUCCAAAGACCUGCCUCUGCCCCACACCAGGAAGAUCAUGAAGUGUCGCAGCUGUAACGGCCGAGGGAUUCUGCGCUGUGACUGUCGCAACGGGAAAAGAGACUGUUAUUAUUGCGAUGGGGACGGCUUUAAGACCCAGCUCCGUUACGACUCUUACACCAGGUUCAGCUACGUCCAGAGACAGAUGUGUGUCACCUGCAGCGGGGAGGGACGCAAGAGGUGUUCCUUCUGUAAGGGUGAGGCGGACGUGGAGUGCAGUGUGUGUCUGGGACAGAAGAAAACCAUGGUGUCCGUCAGCCUCAGCGUUCGAUGGUCCAACAACCCGGACCAGGAACUAUGUGGGGAAGACUCUGGUCUGGACCUGCUCCGGUAUCUACCAGGAAGAGUCCUGCUGACGCACACUGCCCCCAGGGUGUCUCCCAUCACAGACUUCCCGGAGCCCUCAGUGCUUAGGGCUUCUCAGACUCUGGUUCAGAAACACGAGCAGGAACAAGACGACAACACAAAGAUACUCAAACAGCGUCAGAGCGUGGAGCUGGUGUGUGUCUCCAAAGUGACGUACCAGUGGAGAGGAAGGACGCGGCACUUUCACAUCAGCGGAGAGGACCUGUUUGUGGACAAGUACCCAGAGAAGUCCACCUGGUGCUGCUGUAUGUGA